AACGAUAGCAGUAGUAGCCUUAGUCAUUUACAAUUUUCGUGACAAAUAUAACAAAUGUGUUGUUUCCCGACUGUGUGAGUGCGUGCGAAAAGCUAGUGUUAAUUAUAAAUUGCUAACUUUGGUGUGACAUAUAAUCGAAGAGAUACGCGCCAAUAAUAACAGCAAAAUGAGCGGCGGCAUGGAUAAAAGAAAACUGUCAACAUCGGGCGAUUCGCUCUAUGAAAUCUUGGGACUUCCUAAAACAGCAACAGCUGAUGAUAUAAAGAAGACUUAUAGAAAACUUGCACUCAAAUACCAUCCAGAUAAAAAUCCAGACAACGCUGAUGCUGCGGAUAAGUUUAAGGAGGUCAAUCGGGCGCACUCGAUACUGAGCGAUCAGACGAAACGCAAUAUUUAUGACAACUAUGGCUCUUUGGGCCUGUAUAUUGCCGAGCAGUUUGGCGAGGAGAAUGUGAAUGCCUACUUCGUGGUCACAUCUCCGGCUGUGAAGACCCUGGUCAUUUGCUGCACACUGCUGACAGGAUGUUGUUGUUGUUGCUGCUGCUGCUGUUGCUGCAACUUCUGUUGCGGCAAGUUUAAGCCACCGGUGAACGAGUCGCACGAUCAGUAUUCACAUUUGAAUCGCUCUGAUGGCAAUCGAGAAGCCAGCGAUCUGCCACCGCACUUGGGACAGCAGCCUCGUCUUGAGGACGUUGAUCUCGACGAUGUCAACCUGGGUGCUGGAGGCGCACCUGUUACAACACAGCCCAGGGAGCAGGCAGGUGGGCAACCCGUCUUUGCCAUGCCGCCGCCAACCAGCGCUGGAGUUGGUGUCAACCCCUUCACCGGAGCUCCCGUGGCAGCAAACGAAAAUACAUCGCUGAACACAACAGAACAGACCACAUACACACCAGAUAUGGUUAAGCAAAAAUAUUAGGUUCAUGCGUCAAGUGAGAGUACCCGAUUCAUGAGAGCGUUUUGAACAGCCAUACAUUUUUUAUUCCUUUUAAUUGUUAUAAAUUUGGUAUGUUCAAUAAAUCCGAAA